AUGCCGACAAGGCCUACCAGCGUUUCUUCUCACAAGAGUAGCCGGCAAGGCUUCUUCUCCAAAGGAAUGCCAAAUAACAAAGAUGUAGACAUACACAGUAAAGGCCAAUUAAGAGGCAAAGCCUACCGCUCGAGGCAAAUUCAGCAAACAAUACGAGGUAUAGCCAGAAAAACAAAAAACAUAAACUACAAGCUGCCGCACGAGGCACAACCUGCAGACAUCACUAGCUGCCAUCAAGAGCACAAAAUCUGCAGAACUCACAAGAUAUUGGCUAUUAUAGCAAUUAUACUUCUCUUCACGGUAAAUGUUCACUGGAGAACUAUAAUAAUUGAAAUAGAUCCAGGAAUAGUAAAAAUGGUAUAUAUUAUUAAUCUGAUAAUGACCAUUCUCAUUUCAAUAUUGCUAAUUAUAGGAACCACCAAGAAAAAUACUAUGCUAAUGUUACCAUGGAUAAUCCUUGGUAUUUUACUUCUCGUUGGUCUACUUGUUAGUGUAUUAUAUACAGCAAUUACUUUGUUUUUAAAUAACGAAGAGGUUUAUCAUAUCUUAUAUGGAACCUUAUUCUUAGUAUUUGGUAUUUUGAUAGUGGUAAUUUACACAUAUUUUUGGUUUGUAGUAUACAGUUAUUUUCAACAAUUAAAACUGGAAAAAUCGAAUUUCAAAAUUGGUCCGUAUGGUAGGCCGUAUUCUUAUGAGCGACCUUAAGCCCAAUGCUAGUGAAGAAAGAUAAUUUAUUCUUAUUUAAUUCUGUAAUAGUUAUAUUAUAAACUAAAACUUCUUUUAUUUUAUUUUUUCACUAAUUAGUAACAUUUCUUUGUAACUUUUGUAUUUAAAAAUCUCUUGUCUUUAUUGUUUUG